GUGGUGGAGGGCGAGGCCGGGCGCUGCGAGAUCAGCGACCUGAAGCAGGUGGAAGGCGAAGCGUCCUGCAACAGCCGCAAGGGGAAGCUCAUCAUCUUUUACGAGUGGAACCUGCGCCUCAGCUGGAAAGGUACAGUGAAAGAGUCUGGUGAGAAACAUAAGGGAUCUCUUGAAAUUCCUAACCUGUCAGAAGAAAAUGAGGUAGAUGAUACAGAGAUAAAUGUUAGCAAAAAGAAAGGGGAAGGUGAUGUUCUGAAGGAUCUUAUGAGAACUGAAGGAACCACAAAAGUCAGGGAGGCCCUGAGAGAUUACCUGAAAGCACUUAAAACAGAGUUUACGUUGGGAAUGAUUCUGCCAACAAAAGCUACUGUUGGUCAGGAGCUGGCUGCUGAGCAAAAACUAAGUGGGAACACAAUGCAAGAUUCUGUUUCACCACAGUCUUUGGAUAUAGUUGGUGUAAAAAUUCCAACAGUGAAGAUACUUAUGAGAGAACUCUUCAACUCUCCAGCAGAUGAACUUUAUAGCAUCUUCACAACUAAGGAGUUGGUACAGAAGUUUUCUAAAUGUCCUGCUGUGAUCGAAGCUGUGAAAGGAGGCAGACUUCAGAUGUUUGAUGGUUGUGUCAGCGGUGAAUACGCAGAAUUGGUCCCAAGCCAAAGAAUUGUCCUGAAGUGGCGGUGUAGAAGCUGGCCUGAUGAACAUUAUGCAACGGUUGCCUUGAAUUUCAAGGAUAUGGCUGCUCAAACUGAACUGCAGUUAGAGUGCAAAGGAGUUCCCGUCUCUAAUGAAGACAGUACAAGACACUGUUGGAAGAAGCAGCAUUUUGAAGAAAUCCAUAUUUUACUGCAGCAAUCCCAAGACAACACGGAAUGAUAACAGCUCUGUAGUUUUGUUAGGGCAUUACUUUUUAUACUUGGUUAACAUUUGUUUUUUUAAAAAGCAUAAUUUAUUGGUGGGAAGAAUAAAGACCCACUUCUAUGGUACUGUA